AUGGUAAAGAUUCUUAAGAAGAGAAGGAUUAAUAUUGCGUGUAUUCAGGAGACUAGGUGGGUAGGUUCUAAGGCUAGGGAUGUGGAUGGGUACAAGCAAUGUUACUCAGGGAGUGAGAGACGUCAGAAUGGAGUAGGCAUCUUAGUGGAUGAGGAUCUUAGAGGACAGGCUGUGGAGGUUAAGAGGGUGGUCUUGGAAGAGAAGGUGAAAGUGAGAUUCUGGGAGGAUUUGGAUGAGGUGGUGAGAAGCAUGCCUAGCUCGAAGAAGAUUGUCAUAGCAGGGGACUUCGAUUGGCACAUUGGGGUCUUAUCGGGAAGAUAUGAAGAUAUGCAUGGAGGUUUUGGUUUCGGUGAUAGAAAUGGUGAGUGA